CUCUGGUAAGUGCUGUGAAUUGUGCAAGACUGUUGAAUCUCAGAUCUGUACCUCUGAAACAAAUAAUGCAAUAUAUGUUAAGAAAAAAAAAAAGAAGAAGGUAGCAGGAGGGGAAGAAUGAAGGGGGGGAAAUCGGAGGGGUAGACGAACCAUGAGAGACGACGGACUCUGAAAAACAAACAGGGUUCUAGAAGGGAGGGGGGUGGGAGGAUGGGUUAGCCUGGUGAUGGGUAUUGAGGAGGGCACAUUCUGCAUGGAGCACUGGGUGUUAGACGCAAACAAUGAAUCAUGGAACACUACAUCAAAAACUAAUGAUGUAAUGUAUGGUGAUUAACAUAAGAAUAAAAAAAUUUAAAAAAAAAAGAAUGAUGUUUUAGUCAUAGGGAUAUUAAAAAAAAAACCAAACACUAAAAAUAGCCCUAAUCUCCACAUUUUUAAAAACUACGUUUUCAAGUUUUGUUUAUUUACUGUCUACAGCCCACGUGGGGGCUUGAAUUCACGACCCCAAGAUCAAGAAUCAUGCGCUCUUUCAACUGAGCCAGCCAGCAUCCUUUAAGCUCUACAUUCUUUUUUUUGUUUUGUUUUAAGAUUUUAUUUAUUUGACAGAGGGAGAGUGUGUGCACAAGCAGGGGGAGAAGCAGACAGAGGGAGAAGGAGAAGCAGGCUCCGCACUAAGCAGGGAGCCCGAUGUGGGGCUUGAUCCCAGGACCCUGGGAUCAUGACCUGAGCCGAAGGCAGACGCUUAACCGCCUGAGCCACCCAGGCGCCCCUAAGCUCUCUAUGUUCUUAAUCACCUGCUAAUGUAACUGCUCUGAGUUGCUGUGAAGUUAGCAAGACAGUGUUCUGUCUGAGGCAACAAUGUCAUCAUAAUUAGAGGAGUGAGUUAGUGAAGUUCUAGAAGAGAAGUCUCUCCCUACUGGCCGUGAUGGCCUCAGGGAAAGACACUUGUCCUAUCUUACCUAAGCUUGCCAACAGCUGUUGUGAGGAGAGUUCAUAUAAGCCUUCUAAUAAGUGUAAUGAGGUUCAUUUACCACGGUUUUCAUUAAAGCAAGGGAUGAUCCCAAGACGUUACAUUAUGCCUUGGAAAGAAAACAUGAAAUUCAGGAAUGUGAAUCUGCAGCACGCAGAAGCGUGUGGGAUCCAUGCUGGCCCUUUAGAAGACUCUCUGUUUUUGAAUCACAGCGAAAGGCUUUGCCAUGGGGAAGACCGGAAAGUUGUCUUGAAGAAAGGCCCCCCAGAAAUAAAAAUUGCCGAUAUGCCUCUGCAUUCACCACUCUCCAGAUACCAAAGCACUGUGAUCUCCCACGGCUUCAGGAGGCGACUGGUCUGAGGCUGGAAGAAUAAAGUGUCGCAGUAUUUCAAUCUCAAUCUCUUUCUCUCGCCACAAAUUUAAGCCCAUUGUACCAUUGUGUUUCCCCUACAGUUUCAACUUGUUUAAAGGCUACAAGUCAGUUGUACUCUUGAUCCAUUAUACAAGUUUUUGAAAGCAAACGGGCUCUGAGAACAUCGGAGUUGAAGAGGGUGGGGGGUGGGGCAAGGCAGACUCUCAGUGAAACUAAUUUCAUACCCAAUAGUUAAGACUUUUAACUGAUGGAUCCCAUCCAACCAUCUAUCCUCACUGUGUUCUUCUUUCCCUUCUCCUCACUCCUUUGCUGUUCAUCAUCCUCCAAAACUCUGGGUCAGAGGAGCCUCACUGAGAAAGAGUGGCAGGAUGUGGAGUUAUUUCUACUGCUUUUCUGCCUGCCCCAGCACCACCUUUCUGCCCCACCUCACCAACACACCUCCCCCCACCAAGGCCGUGGGUCCUGGCAAUGAUUUCACAUGGUAAUUUGAAGUGUUUGGCAGAUACCUCUAUGAUACACCGCACGAUUUCAGCUGGAGCGUAUUUUUUUGUAUUGGUUCAGUGUAUCCAAGCACUGUAUUCCUGCAGCAAAAAAUGGAUGAGUGUAAUUUAACAACCUAAAAAUGACCAUAUGCAAAAUGGUGCACCACCUGGGAGGAGGGUGUAGUGGUUUCUCAAGCAAUUAAACAUAGAAUUACGUUAUGAUCCAGGACUUCCCCUUCUAGGUAUAGAAUUGAAGGCGGAAGGGGGGGAGGGUGCAACUGGCUGGCUCAGGCGGUAGAACGUCCAGCUUCUGAUCUCAGGGUUAUUGUGGGUUCGAGUCCCACACUGGGUGUAGAGAUUACUUUAAAAAAAAUCUUAAAAAAAAAAAAGAUCUGAAAGCAGGGACUCGAGCAGAUAUUUGUGUGUCAAUGUUCCUAAUAACAUUUUCACAAGACCCAAGAUGUAGAAACAACUCAAGUGUCCACCGACAGAUGAAUACAUAAGCAAAAUGCAGUAUAUGCAUGCAAUGGAAUAUUAUUCAGCCAUAAAUUGCCCUGAAAUUCUGAUACAUGCUGCAACAUGGAGGAAUCUUGAAAAUAUUGUGCUAAAUUUGUCCACAAAAGGACAAAAAUUGUAUAAUUCCUCUUAGAUACCUAGAAUAAUCAAAUUCCUAGGGAAAGAAAGAGUAAUAGUUACCAAAAGCAGCAGAGGAGGGGAGAAUAGGGUUUCUGUUUAAUGGGUACAGGGUUUCAGUUUGAAAUAAGAAAAUUCUGGAGAAGUUGCAGGACAAGGUAAAUGUACUUAUAGCCACUGAAUUGUACAUUCAAAAAGGGUUAAAGUGAAUUUUAUGUCAUGUAUAUUUUACCACAAUUUUCUUAAAGAUUCUUUUUAUUUUUUAAGUAAUUUCUACACCCAAAUGGGGCUUGAACUCAAAACCCCAAGAUCAAGAGUCGCCCGCUCUACUGACUGAGCCAGCCAGGCGUCCCUUACCACAGUUUAAAAAAGAUCAUAGUCGGUCUAAGCCAUACUUCACCCAGCCAGGUGUUCAUAUAUGAUUACCACAUGAAGGAAACUGUUAUAAAAAAGGACAAAGAUGUCCAUCUGACAUCAACUUAAAGAUCACUAAAGUAUAAAUAAAGUAAAAAAAAAAAAGUGUAUAUAUACAGGGUGUUAAAAAUUAUUAAGACAGUUUAGGUGAUACAAACUUUAUUUAACACUUUAAGUGGAUUGCUUCUACUAGGAAAACUACAGAAUGGAGUGGAAGGCAAGAAGCUUUUAUAGGAUAAAGAAUAAGAAACAGGGACACCUGGGUGGCUCAGCCAGUUAAGCGUCUGCCUUCGGCUCAGGUCAUGAUCUCAGAAUCCUGGGAUCAAGUCCCACGUCGGGCUCCCUGCUCAGCAGGGAGUGUGCUUCUCCCUCUGCCCCUCCCCCUGCUUGUGCUCUCUCUCUCUCUCUCUCUCUCUCUGACAAAUAAAUAAAGUCUUAAAAAAAAAAAAUAAGAAACAAGGGAGGAAGUACACAAUCCAUAGUUGGCUUGGGAUAUACUGCAUUUCUGAUCAGGCAGAGCAUUUUCAGGGACCUGACAGUUAUCUAAGCUUUGUUUUGCUGACAUGACAUCCUGGGCUGGAGCAGCUCCAUCUUGGGCCUAGAAAUCUCUGGGAUUUCCAAGGUCAAAAAAGCCAAUUGAUGUGUUUUUCACACACCGAGAACAUUGGUGAUCAUAUUUGACUUUACUAGUUAGCUUCCUGACAAGCUGAGGGGCCGCCAAGUGCAGGUCUGGCAGAGAAAGGGAGUCUGGCUGAGAAGAUGAGCAGGAGUUGGAAUGUAGCCAGCAAUCCACUCACCAUGCUGUGUGCAUCUCCGUGCAUUAAUGGGGGUCCUGGCAAUAUGGAGACCAUAUAAAAGUAUUCAUUGAAACUCCUCUGGCUUUUACAUGAUUUACCAAGAGAAGCCUGGCUA